UUGCAAAUGCUUGCUUUUCAAAAAAAAAAAAAAAAGUCUCAAACCCAACAGUUGCAUAAUUAUUCUGCUCUGCACAAACAAAGCAGCGGUUUCCUUUUCACCAACACUGCCCAAAACUGACACAUAGAUAUAGAGAGAGAUUGAGAUUUUUUUCUUUUUUUAUAAAGUUUAAAUAAACAAACGCCACCGGUCCACCACCUACCCUGACUCUCUCUCUCUCUCUCUCUCUCUCUCUCUCUCUCUCCAUAGGCUCCAAAACUCCAUACCUCUCCGUUUCUCUGUGUUGGUGUGUGUGUGUUAUGUAAGCUUAUAAUUCUCUUCUGCUUGAAGCAAUCAAGCAAAUGCCUUAAAACACUUAAAAAAAACCCGAAGUUCUGACCUUGUUUCAUCAAAUUUUUUUCCCUUUUGGUGUCGCAAAAUGGCAACGGCACACACUUCCCAUUUUAACACAGACCACCAUUUGAGCCGUAGCAGCUGUGACUUGUCGUUCUCUGGAGAGAUUGGUGCCCACAGAGACUCUUCAGCGUCAGAUUUCUUGUCGGGGGUGGACUUGGAGAGUGGGGUUUUGGAGGGGAAACCGCAUUUGGAUGGUAAAACUGAGAGAGAUUGUAGAAUUUGCCAUUUGGGUUUGGAGGGUAAUGAGCGAGAGAAUGGGGCAGCCAUUGACUUGGGGUGUUCGUGUAAGGGUGAUUUGGGUGCUGCGCAUAAAAAAUGUGCAGAGACUUGGUUCAAGAUCAAGGGUAACAUGAUAUGCGAGAUAUGUGGUGUCCCUGCAGUCAAUGUCGCUGGUGAACAGGCAAAUGAGGCACACAGCGCUGCUGCCCCUGUUUCAUCAGCGCCAAUGGCACCUCUAAUCCUUGUCGAAUCACGAACAUUCUGGCAUAGCCGACGCAUUAUGAAUCUCUUGCUUGCUUGCAUGGUCUUUGCAUUUGUCAUUUCUUGGCUUUUCCACUUUAAAGUCCUUUCAUGAGUCAAUCCAAAAGAAGUAGCCCAAAGGAUAAGGUGUCACCCCCCCAAUCUAUCAAGCGGUUGUUUUGGUAUCUUAUACGUACCUAUCCUCAAUUAUCCUUAUAUUUCUUGCUUAGAGGUGGUGCCACAUUAGCACGUUAUUAUGUGUACUUUGCAUGUUGUAUCAAAUGUCAUGUAUAAUUUCUGGUUUGUCCUACGUAACAUUGUUUGAACACUCCCCAUUCGAAAGAAAAGUUGGUCUUAUGACUGUUUUGGAA